AUUUCAUCAGCUGUUUUUCAUAAGCAGUGUCUAGUUAUUGCGUUCUACAUGAGUAUUUCAAUGGGAUUUAUUUGAUUGGUUGUUUUGAGAACUGUCUUUUAAUUUUAUUAUUAUAAAUAAUUAUGUCGGGAGAUCAUCCAUCUGACUGUGUUGGUAUCGACAGUGAACAAGCUGGUAAAGCUCCUGGUUGUGCUGGAUGUCCCAAUGCAUCUGUUUGUGCCUCGGGUAAACAGUUUGAUGAAACUAGCCAAUUGGUUGAGAUAGAAAAACGAUUGCGAUCUAUCAAACACAUUUUAUUGAUCAUAUCAGGAAAAGGUGGUGUUGGUAAAAGUACCUUUUCUGCCAAUUUGGCUCGUUUUUUAGCCUCCAAUGAAUCAAUUAAUGUUGGCUUACUGGAUAUUGAUAUUUGCGGUCCUUCGAUCCCUCGAGCAAUGGGUCUUGAAGGUGAACAAGUUCACAUGUCUUCUGAUGGCUGGUCACCAAUUUAUAUCCAAGAUAAUUUGGCAGUUAUGUCAUCAGGAUUUCUUCUUGGUUCAUUAGAGGAUGCUGUUAUUUGGCGUGGACCUAAGAAGAAUGGUUUGAUUAAACAAUUUCUGAAAGAUGUUGACUGGCCACCUCUUGAUUAUUUGAUAAUCGACACGCCACCAGGAACUUCCGAUGAGCAUCUUUCCAUCGUUUCUUUUCUUAAAAAAUGUGCCAACCUUAAUGGAGCCAUUGUCGUGACCACACCUCAAGAAGCAGCGCUUUUGGACGUUCGUAAGCAAAUCGAUUUUGCUAACCGUGUUGGUCUACCCAUUAUUGGUCUGGUUGAAAAUAUGUCUCACUUUGUAUGUUCAUCUUGUCAUAAGGAAUCCUUCAUUUUCAAACCAACCUCUGGUGGAGCUAAAUCACUAUCUAGCUCAUGUAACAUUCAAUUAUUGGCCUCUAUUCCAAUUGAUCCAAUCAUCGGCAAAUCAAUUGAUCAAGGAAUUGCUUGUUGGGAAGAAAAUAAAGAGUCACCAGCAGUCUUAGCAUACCAGUCUUUGAGUAAAAAAAUUAUCGAAAUGUUCCCAAUUUAAAAUUAAAGUAAUUUUAUGUAAUCAAGUGCAAAAAUCUUCACUUAACUUUACAAAUGACCACUCGGAUGAAUUAUAUGUUAUGUUUGUAACUUAUAUUUUAAAAUUAUUAAACAUGUACAUUAUAA